AUGGGCUGGUGGAAAGCAGACCCUAUCCCGGCACCUCCUCAAGUUCCGCAAUUACAGCAACCCGCCGCUCCUGUCCCGCCGCAUCCCAUCCCAGCGCAACCCAGCACAAGCACAGGUAUAGACUCAGCCUCAGACUCAGCUUCCGCCUGCCCAAUCGACCCUCAAACGCGAGCAAUAUGGCUCCAGCAAGCCCAGCAAGCCCAGCAAGUGCAACAGGCAAACAAAUCGCCCUCGCAAGGACAAAUACAAAGCCACCCUGACCUCCCAGCCCGAACCGCAUCACACCCAUCAUCAUCAUCAGCAGCAGCAGCACCGUCACCCUCCCUCCGCGAUAUAACCACCACCACUACCACCACCCCAAGCGGAUCCACAUACGCACCCGCACCCGCACCUACCUCAGUCGAAUGCUCCUCCGACCGAAUCGACCAAUCCCCCUCCCCACCCACGGCCGCCUCCCAAUCAGCAUAUAGCCCGUCGCGCCCGCUCUCGCACGACCGCGUCGUCUCCUCCAUCCCACGAGCCACCGGCGGCGGCGCCGGCAGCAGCAGCAGCGCCGCCCCCUCGACGCCCGCCAACUCGGAAUCCGAGACGGGCGCCCACCCGUCCGGCAACUGGAUCUACCCGUCCGAGUCGCAGUUCUUCCACGCCGUGAUGCGCAAGCAGACGCUGUCGGCCUCUACCCCAGAAACCCUGGCCUCGUCGAUCAGCAGCAUCAUCCCCAUCCACAACGCGGUCAACGAGCGCGCGUGGGCGCUGAUCAAGGAGUGGGAAUCGCCCGCCACGCAGGCCACGAGGACCCCAUCGUGCGCGGGGCCCAAACUGCUCAAGUUCCAAGGGUUGGGCGCCGGGGCGCAGAGUCCCAAGGCCAGGAUCCUGGGUCUGUGCGGGUAUACCGCGCCGUUUGACCGGCAUGAUUGGACCGUGGAGCGGUGUGACGGGCGCACGGUCGAGUAUGUGAUUGAUUUUUAUCAGGGGAGGCCGGCGACCCGGGCGCAGCAGCCAGCCGAGGGGAUGAAUAAUUUGAAUUUCUACCUCGAUGUGAGGCCCAAGUUGAAUACUUUGGAGGGCUGGAGGAUGAGGGCCGAGAAGAUUGUGGGAUGGCGGUGA